AUGUACACUGAUCAUCAGGGCACGGAUGAUCAGUGUGGCCCAAGAUGUGCCACCUAUCAGUGCCACGUACUAGUGCCACAUCAAUUCCACAUAUCAGUGCAUACCAGUGCACAUCAAUGCCGCAUAUCAGUGCCCAUCUGAGCUGCCUUUCAAUGUCACCCAUCAGUGCCACCUAUCAGUGCCGCCAAUCAGCGCCAUCAGUGCUGCCUAUCAGUCCCAUAUAUCAGUGUCAUGUAUCAGUGCUGCCUUUCAGUGCCCAUCAGUGAUGCCUGUCAACGCCCAUCAGUGCAAACUACCAAUGCCUCCUAAUCAGUGCUACCUGUCAGUGUCCAUCAGUGCAGCCUAUCCGUGCCCAUCAGUGCAGCCUCAUUAGCGCAUAUCAGUGA